GUUGUGGGUCGGGAGAAGGCAUGCACAAGUGAAGGCCUGCAGAGCGCGGUGACGAGGAGGAGCAGCAAGCAAGCGAAGGAGGGGGCCUGGCAAGGCCAUCGUCAAGAGACCCCGCACGCCUGAAUGUGCUGCUGACACAACACAAUUCACUGCGGCGACGCCUGAACCAACAGCAUAUUCAGCUGCUGGGCUGAGCGCGCCCGGAAGAAACGGCUCGCCGCCGCCGAACCCUCCCAGGCAAGCCCCGUCCCGGCAGACCGUCUGGCAAGCGCGCUUCCAUCGAGAGCGUCGGCCAACGCCUGGUGCGCACGCACCCCCUCUCGGCAUCUCCUGGCAACCGGGCCCGCCGUCUCCUAGCAACCGAGGACGCUCGGCCGGUACCCGGGCUAGGCCGCUGCCAGGGAGAGCCGUGGGCCGCGCGUUGCUGCUGCUGCUGCGUUUUGUUCGGCGCUGGCAUGGCGGGGCUCAGCGCCUCCGCCGCCUUUUGGGAGCACCUCCGCCGGCUGUGCCUGGAUCAGUUUCCCUGCGGGACCGGGAGCUGGAAUAAGUCCCGUUUCCCACCAAGAAAGGCAAAAGUUUUCCACAGGCCUGUCUUGGGAAGGACCAGAGCUGUGCCUCACAAUGGGCUCCGGCCACCGGAUGAAGAAACUGCAGAAUCCCUGACGGAGUUUCUGAGAAGCCUGGGCUCCCCUUGGGCCUUUGCCCCCGACUGCAGUCCUGAGGACCAGCGGCUGAGGGAGUUGGCUGUGCAGUCUCCACGAGACAUUCAGGACAGCUUCAUCUUCUCCUACUUCAAAUCUCUCAGAAUUGUGAACAAAAAUGUGACUGAAAUUGAUGCUGAUUUGUUAAAGUUUCCCAACCUGGAAGAGCUAAUCUUGAGUGCAAAUCACAUUAGCAAAAUCAACUCCAUCAACCUUCCUCCAACCCUAAAGGUGCUGGAACUUUGUGGCAACGAAGUGGAUGGUUUGAAGGACCUGUGUGCGCCUCCUCCUCCUGAACUCCAGCAUCUAGGCCUAGGCCACAAUUGCCAGCUUGGUUCGUCCGAAGAACUGUAUCUCACAGGCACCUACUGGCCAAACCUCGUCUCUCUCGACUUGAGCUACAACAAUUUCACCAACUUGCUAACCCUCCUUUCGAAGCUGUUGACGAUGAAGCAGCUCCGGAUCCUUGUGCUGCAGGGUAACCCAUUGGCUCUGCUUCCUGGCUAUCGGGGGUUCACCAUAGAUAGCCUGCCAAGACUCUGCACGCUUGAUGACGUAAUCAUUACGCCUGAUGAGAGGCACAACUUCUUAGACCUCGCCAGCAAUCCAGGAAAUAUUUAUUCCACCCCUCGAAAGCCCUGGGCCGAAGUGAUAGAGUGCGAGUACACCAAAGGACAUAUCACCAGAGAUCUGGUCGCUUUGAAGGCUUAUCUUCUUGCUGGGACUACUGUGACUGUUGUGGAGGAAAAGGUCGUCUCGUGGCCCGUUGUCAUCACCCCAAAAGAAAGCCCAAUCAAAAAAGGAAAGGAAAAGGGGAAAACAGAGAAGGGGAAGGCAGAUAAAGGGAAAAAGGACAAAGGAAAGGAGGAGAAGGGCAAAGCAAAAGAUGCCGGAAAGGCUGGGACUAAGAAGAAAAAGAAAUCGCCUUCCCCUGAGCUACGAAGUGACAUUCCCAUCUUGAAAAUCCUGGGCUCAGGCCAUGUCAGUCUAGAAAGCCUUCUUGCAGGAGAAUCACACAUGGAGACUGUGUGCGACUUUGGUAUUCUGAUAACAGAGUUACGUGUUCCACCCCCAUCUCCAAAAGAAAAGGAUAGUAAAAAGGGCUCAAAAAAGGACAAAAAAUCCAAAGCUGGCACAGAGAGUGCCACGACAAGGAAGGCCACCUCACCUGCCAAAGGAAAGGGGAAAAAGAAGGACUCUCCUGAAGGGGCAGAUAUUCUUCAGAGCCAGCCAGCACCCCUUACAGUGGAAUUCCAAAUGGAACACAUUAAAUGGAAGUCUGCUUCACAAAUCCUAUUAAAUCGCAAAGCAUCAGAAUAAUUGCUUUGCAGGUAGCACAGGUUUUAGUCUUUUUAAAAGCAUCAGGGUGAGGGGUGUGAAUUCUCAAGACCUACGUCAGCCUGUUGUGUGGGGAGCUGAGGCUGUAGGCAGGGACUGUGGCACCAAAGGUGAGGCCAGUGCAAGGAUGCAUCUGUUUUGCCCAUCUGCACCUUUGGCGCCUAUAUUACAUAUCUGCAUCCUGGAUCAGGAGCUCUACCAUUUUGCUUUUCCUCUUGAGUGCUGGGAAAUGAACGGAGGGUCACUUUCCUUUGGUUAGGAACACCAAAGACCUGGUGCCUUUGGAAAAAACAACAGCAUUGUUUGCCAAUGUUUUGAGGUCCAGAUGCUGCACACGAUCCAAAGGCAAAUCCUCCUUUGUUUUGCCAGAGGCAAGAGGUUUGGGAGGGGGGAUUUCAAAGGCAAUGAUCAGACCAGUGGAAGACAAUGCUUUAAUUGAGAGCAGUUGGUGUUUUCACCGCAGGCAAGGCUCUAAGUAGAUAGAGGCAGCUUUUGAGCACAGUUAUCUUUAUGUUGUUGGAAGCCCCGGGUAACAGCAACAAUGGAGAGAUCCCAGGUGAAGGCCAACAGGUACACAGCACCUCCUCCCGUCUAGGUCUGUGUUGAGGCUCUCUGAACAGGAGCUAGGGAGCCUUAUUUAUACCCCAUAGAGCCCCUGGACCUGGGUGCAGGUUUACACCUGUGACUGUAAUAAGUUAUACCUUUUGGGAUGUUUUUCAUGUGGGUCACAUGCUUCUGCCUUUGUUUAUCAAUUCUGUUGGUCAGUGUCCUUGGGCUUUGUAGCAGCAUGAUUCACUGCACCUGCCUUGAAGAUCAUGUUCCCAGCCCUUAGCAGUGUGGGAUGACAUCUUAAACAGAGCUUCUCAGACUUAUGUACUAUUGUAUAUUACAUAGGCAGGGUGAGAAAGCGUGCCAAAAGGACCACCUGGCUGGCGUGAGAUAGGAGCAUGGGGCAGGGGAACUGAGCAUGCCAUACUAAGCCUCCUUGUUACAUCGAGAUGUCUUGCGAGAUAUUUUCCCCUAUACCCCUACCCCAAUCCAAAAAGUUGUGAAUGGAUAAAGGUUCUUUCCCCCCACCCAGCAAGCCUUUUUGCUACCAAAAUCCAAGAUCAGUGUUAGUGGCCAAAUCCUCCCGCCACCCCAACAGAGACUGUGAGAUUAUAUCUUUGAUGAGGCCAUUGGUUUAAAGAGAAUGUACCAAUAGUAGUCUUUGAUUUUCAGUUUAGCCUCUAAAUUUUGCUAAGAACCAAGAAAGGAAUUUCUAGUCCUCAAUGAGCAGCCAAUACAGGAAUACCCCGCAUUAACGCAAUGGGUCCAGAGCGAGUACGUAAACCAAAAAUGUAUUUAAAGUGAAGCGCUACCUUUUUUCACUUGCGUCGCCACUGUGCCACCUCUCCUUCAUGCGGAGCCUCAAAGCUCCGCGCUAAAGCCUCUGCUGCUGCGCUGCUGCGCCUCAGCUGAUCACGAUCGCACCUCCCAACUGAUCACAAUCGUGUCUCUUUCCACCCCCAAUGCACCGAAAGAACAGGCCACAACCAAACGUUAAGUGUCCGUUCUUGCGAAGCAAGCGUACGUAAACAAGGGAAUGGUGCUACUGAAAGUAUGUCUGUACUCGCGAGUGUCCUUAAACUGAAGGUCCGUAUAGCGGGGUAUUCCUGUGUAGCCUUGUACCUCACUCUGGGGGAUGUCUGAAGCAUGAAUAUAUGGACACCUGAAAACCUUCACUACUCGUGUAUGUGUGCGUACGUGCAUGCAUUCCGUUCUUUAUUUCUACUUGGAAAAACUUUACUGUUUACGGAUGGAAGAUCUCAACAAUUUCAUCUUCAAGCAACUGGCAGAACAAAUUAAAAGUGGCUGGAGUUUCCCACACCAGUAAGUUUUAUCACUGUAACUUGUGGGACAACUUUGGGCGUCCCAUCUGGCUAGCAAGUUCCACAGAAUAUCUUUGUUUUGGUGAAAAAUGCCCCUUAAUCAACCUGGAUUCUUUCCAUUUAUCACAAAGCAAGUUUCUAAACCUCAUGGUUCCAGAGGAGCUCAGCAGUAUCUGGAAGGAAACUGGUUGGGAUGGAGCUUCUGAAUCCAGUCCAAG